CCAUAACCCAGGAAGCCAAACCUCUGUGAGCAUCACAAAGUUUUGGUUGCUUUAGUAUCAUCAGUAUUGAAGCAUUUUAUAAAUAGCUUUUGAUAAUCAACUGGGCUGAACACUCCAAUUAAGGAUUUUAUGCUUUAAACAUUGGUUCUUGUAUUAAGAAUGAAAUACUGUUUGAGGUUUUUAAGCCUUAAAGGAAGGUUCUGGUGUGAACUAAACUUUCACACUCCAGACGAUGUCUUAAUACCUACAUGUAUUUGUUUGCAUAGGUGAUCUCAUUUAAUCCUCUCAACCACCUUUCAGAUAACUGUUAUUUAUAAUCACUUUUUUCCACAUAAGGAAACUGGGUUCCUGCAAUGAAGUCUCUGAAGUGAAACUGCUUGUUUCCUAGCACACACUUUUGGUUAAGUCUGUUUUAUGACUUCAUUAAUAAUAAAUUCCCUGGCCUUUCAUAUUUUAGCUACUAUAUAUGUGAUGAUCUACCAGCCUCCCUAUUUUUUUUCUAUUAUAUAAAUGGUUAAAAGAGGUUUUUCUUAAAUAAUAAAGAUCAUGUAAAAGUAACAAAUGUGUGAAAUUUAAAGAUUGUAAAUAUAUAUUUACUUUUUUAAGAUCAAAGUUUAAACCCGGUGGUUAGAAUUUUGUGUUUCUAAAUACUUUUUAUCUUUUUACAUGCCUUUUUUUUAAAAACCAACUAGACCUUUUCAUUAUAUCAGAAUAUCUGAUUACAUUUAUAAUUCAAUUGUGACUUGAACUGUAUCUUACAGGAAUGUUCAAUUUCUAUACAUAUUUUAUAAGGUAUUAAACCUGGUGUUUUCUUUCAAUAAUAACCUGUUUGAUGUCAUUAGUGCUGUUAACAUACAGCAAUGGAAAACCACACUCAGGAGUUGUAUCUGUUGUUGUUUAUACUCUUUUGGGUGCUGUGCUGGUUAGUCGUUUCCCAUUCCUUUGGCUAUAAGAAUGCUGAUAUGUCUGGGAAUAGAAUGCUAUACCACGAAAUACCAAAUAAUUUCAAAUGGUGCCCUUAAAUUGUAUCACUUUUUUAAAAAUUCAGAUUCUUAUUAGUAAAAUUAGUUGAUAGCACUGUGCUGACCAAGUUGAUUGUGAUCAUCCCAGCUUAGACUUUUCUAAAAACUUUUUUUUAGAAUAAUCUAUAAACUGAACUUUAUUAUGCAUUUCAGGUAUUUAGGUAUAUAAUUUUUUUUUUUUUUGAGACAGAGUCUCACUCUCACCCAGGCUGGAAUGCAGUGGCGCUAUCUUGGCUCACUGCAACCUCCACCUCCCGGGUUCAAGCGAUUCUCCUGCCUCAGCCUCUCGGGUAGCUGGGACUACAGGUGCCCAUCACCAUGCCCGGCUAAUUUUUGUAUUUUUAAUAGAGACGGGGUUUUACCAUAUUGGCCAGGUUGGUCUUGAACUCCUGACCUUGUGGUCUGCCUGCCUCGACCUCCCAAAGUGCUGAGAUUACAGGCGUGAGCCACCAUGCCUGGCCUAAGUGCGUGUGUGUGUGUGUGUGUGUGUGUGUGUGUGUGUGUAUUUUUUUUUUUUUUUUUUGAGAUGGAGUUUUGCUCUUGUUGAACAGGCUGGAGUGCAAUGUCGCGAUCUCAGCUCACCACAACUUCCGCCUCCCAGGUUCAAACAAUUCUCCUGCCUUGGCCUCCUGAGUAGCUGGGAUUACAGGCAUGCGCCACCACGCCUGGCUAAUUUUUUUUUGUAUUUUUAGUAGAGAUGGGGUUUCUCCAUGUUGGUCAGGCUGGUCUCGAACUCCUGACCUCAGGUGAUCCAUCCACCUCGGCCUCCCAAAGUGCUGGGAUUAGAGGCGUGAGCCACUGCGCCCGGCCUAUAAUUUUUGAUAGAUGAUUUUGAAUUAUUUUCCGGAGAUAAAAUUUUAAAUGUUUCCAUUAUAUCACUGAUUUAUUUCUGCAAAUUGAAUAAAUUCUUAAUUUUCUGCAUGCACGUAAUACAAAAGGUAUUUUCAUAGCUUUUGGAUUUAUACCAAAUGAAAAGGACUCUCUUGAUGAGCACCUUUAACUGAUUUUUCUGUGUUAAAUUUUUAACAAUUUGUUCUUGGAAGUCAGUUCAUGAAGGCAAGUUUGUCAGUAUUUUCACCAAACUAUUCGGCUGAAUCCAGAAAGUGAAACAGCAAGAAUUUGCAUUGUAAAAUUGUGUUAUAAAAUUGGACUUUGAAAUUUCAAAAAUAAGAAAAAUUUUCAUGUGUAUUUAUACUAAAUACCAUUUUAGGAAACUAGGAUCAGGGUGUUUCUGUUGGCGUUGGCAUUAACUAGCUGGAUGUAAAUUUGAAAAGCCACUCAAGCAGUUUCCUAGUCUAGAAAGUCAGAGGUUUAGAUUAGAUUUCCGACAUCCCUUCCAUUUCUGACCUGUAGUUCUUGUCUGGAAUUCUGCUUUGUUAUAAACUAUUGUUCUAAGGAGUUUGUUGUGAUAGCACAUAGUUCAUUUUGUAAAGAUUCCCUGCGUAUAAAGUGAUGCCCUACAUAUGUGAUUUUGUAUUAAAAGUAUAUAGGAUCAUUAUUUUAUUUUGAAAAAUUUAAAUACAGAAAAGUAUAAAAUAUAAGUACCAUCCGCCCAGAAAUAACAUGUGUUAAUGUUUUGUCAUAUGUGCUUUAUAUUUUUUGAAAUAAAGUGAAGUCAACUAGUAUUUAUAGUAAAUAAGUUACAUACACAUAAGUACAUAUAUGAUAUUUAAUCCUCACAACGAUCUUUUGACAUGUGACCAUUUCUUAUUCUUCUUUUAUAGACAAGGAACUAAUGAUAUGAUAGAUUAACUGGCUGUUGUCACACUAGCAAGUGGCAAAACAAGGGAUUAGGAUCUUGGUCUCUUCAACUGUUAGAUUCUAUACUUCCAUCCUGUGUUGACUUUGUUAAUGGAUUGGAUAAUGUGAGAUCACUCUGAUGUAAAUAAAGUAUCCUAUAUUAACUUCAAGUGCAUUUUAAGUACUUGUAACAUAAAUGUUUCCUGUGAAAUAUCUGUAAAGACCUGAAUGGGUACAUGUGUGUAAAGAAGAAUCAGGGCAGAAAAGUGCUUUUAUCAUGGCUCCGGGGACCUUAGCUUCAGUUGGUGUUAUGAGAAUUCCUCACACAAGGACAUUCUCCUUGCUUCAGCAUCAGGAUGGAAGUGUUUCUCAUCUGGACUUUUUCAAAGACUCAGCUGGAGGAAUCAGAAUUCAUAAUUUCCUGGCAGCUCAUGAUUCUGCUACACUACACCAUGCCAUCUCUUGUGUGAAAGGACAGAUUUGAUGGAGGACUAUGUCAUCCCUCAUGCGUUUCUUAUUGUCUACAUUUAUUCUAAUGGGAAGAAGUGAGCAAAAACACCUCAAUAAUUUGGGUAGUUUUUAGAAAACCUUGUGUUAGUAAAUUAGAAUAGUGCCACUUUGGCAUUAUGAGAAAGAAGCAUGGAUACAUAACUAGGGUUUUGUGUAUGACUACAACGAAAUGCAGAAUGGUGUCUCCAAAAGGUUUCCAGUUGCUGCCACAAGACCUGCUUGGUAUUGCCUACAUGUGUUGUCCUAUUUUUGCUUUGCCCUUCUGCAGUUACUUGCUGUGGGACCUUGGAGAAAUUAACUUAGCCUCUCUGUACUUCAGUUUUUUUGUAUUUGUAAAAUAUAUUUGUAAUAAUCUCAUAGUUAAGAAGGUAGUUAAUGUGUGACUCCGUCCUUGUCUAAAAGUAAAUAUGCCUAGCUACCCCCAUCUUCCAAAGCCAGAAGGUGAAACUUUAACAAGUUUUCUAAAAUUGUGUUUUUUAAAAGUGCAUGUGUCAUCCAAUCCCAUAUGAUUGAUCUGUGCUGGGUGCAGCCUUAGAAUGUAAAUUCUUUUGAAUUCUAGGCAGAGAAUGCAGGAUUGGCAUUCUAAAUAUUUGUACAUGAUAAACAAAUGCUUCUUUAGGUUAGAGCAAAUAGUUUACUUAUCAAGAUCACGAUUGUUAGAUACUGUUGUCAAUUACAGAGGUUUUAGAUGAGGCUUUCUGGAAUGAUUUAGUUUCCCUGUAAGGGAGCCUGUCUAUUCGAAUAGACAGGUUCACUUCUCCCAGUCUUUCAAGUUGCAUGCUUUUUAUAUCUGAUUCCACUGGCUGAGCUGAUUGUGAAUGUCCUAACCCUGUUGAUUGUGUCUGGCCACUCAUGGGCAAAGAACAGAUUAUUCCAUUCUUUAUAGUUGUCUUUUAGUUUUACAAGUUGAAAAAACAUCUGAGUAGGUUAGAUAAUUUAUUCUACCACUUUGUACAUGAUUAGAAUAUGUCAGUCAUAAUCAUGCCAAGAGAUUAUGGAUUUAUGCAUAUUUUGUUUUGCUGUAGUACCAUUCCUAGUUGAAUCUUAACAUCCAUGUCUAAAAUCUAUCCAGAGCAAAUAUUACAGUUGGGAAAACUGUUUCAGUCUCCUCUCUUCGCCAAUAUGCUUUAUAUUUAUUGGGGAGUCCUCUAUCUUUUUCCUGGUUUUCCUUAAAGCCUUCCCAGGCUGAUGGAUAACAAACAUAUGCAAGAAACUUGGGGCUUGGGAUUCCUCUAGGCUGUUUGUCCUAGAGGAAUGCAUCCCAUCUUGCAAAUAGGAUGGUCAAUUAAGAUGGAAGGAAGCAAAAGUGUGGAUAGGAAGGAAGGGCACAAAAGGAAAAGUGUGGAAUUUGUGUGUGAAUCCUCUAAUGAGGUCAAAGGUGGGAGGGAGGCAAGCAUGGAAGCUUCCUGGCACUGCGAUACUAAUUUCCCCUCCUCUCCCUUUUAAAAUCCUGUCUUCUGGGAGGAAAUGAGACUGAUUAUGGAGUUCCCACUAAGCCCUGCAGGGUUGGUGGAGACAAACCCAUUUUACACAUUAGUUCAUAGAUUUGGGUUGUGACUUGCUUGAGGUCACCCAGCCAGUGUGUCAGAGCCUGAUUUUAAAUCCAGGGCUGUUCUUUCCACUGCUAUGCAAGAUACCUUCUGUUUAUAUUUUUGAGGGAGACAACAGAGAUGGGAAAAAUUUUUAACAAUAAAAUAAAGGCAAUGGAGGGGAUGAGUAUGCUGAUGGGGAAGGAAAGAGGCCCCAGCUUCUGCAGUUCCUUUGUGUUAUUCCUAAUCCUUUUCUCAUCUGGGGGUGCACUGCCUCUCCUUUUCUCAAGUACGGGAAAUGCCAAUAAUUCCACUUGUGUUAAUUGGCAGUCAGACAACUUGUCCAAAACUGAAUUGAUCUUACCCACCCCGCCAACAUUUCAAUAAUUGCAACCCCAACCUUUCAGUUGCUCAGCUAAAGACUAUGGAGGUAUCCUUGAUUCUUUUCUCAUAACACACAUCCAGUGUAUUGGUAAGACUUAGAAUUCAGUCACUUCUCACCAGCUGCUGGUCCAAGCCAUCACAAUUUCCCCAAAGUUCUUAACAGUGCUCACAGCCUCUCCUCCCCACCUUACCCUUCUGAUUGCAGCUGCCACCACUUAUCCCCUGCUCACUCCUGCAGUCGUCAAAGACCCCAAUGCACUUCUACCUCAGGGCCUUUGCACUUGCAGCUCUCUUUGUCUGAAGAGCUUUUCCCCUAGGUAUCAGCAGGGUUAACACCCUUCCUCAUUCAGGUCAUGGCUUAACUGUCUUCCCAGCGAGGACUCCUCUGGCCACCCUAUUUUAUUUUUUGAGAUGGAGUCUCUGUCACCCAGGCUGGAGUGCAAGGUUGGCUCACUGCAACCUGUGCCUCCUGGAUUCAAGCGAUUCUCCUGCCUCAGCCUCCCGAGUAGCUGGGAUUACAGGCGCCUGCCAGCACGCCCGGCUAAUGUUUUUGUAUUUUUAGUAGAGACGGAAUUCACUGUGUUGGCCAGGCUGGUCUCGAACUCCUGUCCUCCGAUGAUCCACCCCCGCUCGGCCUCCCAAAUCACCAUGCCUGGGAUUACAGGCGUGAACCAUCGCACCCGGCCUGGCCACCCUAUUUUAAACUGCAAACUUUUCCCCUUCAAUGCUUAGUUUUUCUCCACAGCAUUAUCACCAUUUCAUAUUGUAUAUGUUUUUCUUCAUACUGACUCCCCUUGGAGAAGGAAAACUCCACGAGAGCAAGGAUUUUUGUCAGUUUUUCAUUGCUAUUUCUUCAGUGCUUAGACAUGCAUCAGGCUCAAAGCAGAUGCUCAAUGUUUGCUGAAUGAACAGCAAGAGCAACGGAGGAGUCCUGAAAUACACAGCAAGAAGCAAGGAUAACUCUGGCUUUACUUCUGUGGCCAGGGUCCUUCAUCCCAACCUUUUAGAAGUAGAAAAACAAGAUCGGGCUCCUCAGAACGCAGGUCGAUGGCUGCAGAGCCUUCGACCUUCCGAGAGCGAAUGGCGAUCACUCUUUCCGGUUGUCUGCGAAUUCCAGCUGGAACACCGUCCCUUUCCGCGCCCCAACUCAGCGGAGGGCAUGCCCUGCACCCGAGCGCCCCGCUCCGGCAACUGCACUCUGCAGCAUCCGGAACGUUUCGGCGUGGCCGCAGGGCGCGGCGGAAUGACUUCCGGGGCGCCCCUAAAGCGGCGGAGAGGAGUGUUGGGCGGAGUUUCCGGCUGAGAGUCCUAGCGGGGCCGGCUGGAGUGCAGUGGCACGACCUUGGAUCGCUGCAGUGUCUACCUCCCAGGUUCAAGCAAUUCUCCUGCCUCAGCCUCCCGAGUAGCUGGGAUUACAGAUUAUUGAAUAAUAAAAUACAGUUUUGAAAAAAUGGAUGAAGAACCUGAAAGAACUAAGCGAUGGGAAGGAGGCUAUGAAAGAACAUGGGAGAUUCUUAAAGAAGAUGAAUCUGGAUCACUUAAAGCUACAAUAGAAGACAUUCUAUUCAAGGCAAAGAGAAAAAGAGUAUUUGAGCACCAUGGACAAGUUCGACUUGGAAUGAUGCGCCACCUUUAUGUGGUAGUAGAUGGAUCAAGAACAAUGGAAGACCAAGAUUUAAAGCCUAAUAGACUGACGUGUACUUUAAAGUUGUUGGAAUACUUUGUAGAGGAAUAUUUUGAUCAAAAUCCUAUUAGUCAGAUUGGAAUAAUUGUAACUAAGAGUAAAAGAGCUGAAAAAUUGACUGAACUCUCAGGAAACCCAAGAAAACAUAUAACGUCUUUGAAGAAAGCUGUGGAUAUGACCUGCCAUGGAGAGCCAUCUCUUUAUAAUUCCCUAAGCAUGGCUAUGCAGACUCUAAAACACAUGCCCGGACAUACAAGUCGAGAAGUACUAAUCAUCUUUAGCAGCCUUACAACUUGCGAUCCAUCUAAUAUUUAUGAUCUAAUCAAGACCCUAAAGGCAGCUAAAAUUAGAGUAUCUGUUAUUGGAUUGUCUGCAGAAGUUCGCGUUUGCACUGUACUUGCUCGUGAAACUGGUGGCAUAUACCAUGUUAUUUUAGAUGAAAGCCAUUACAAAGAGUUGCUCACACAUCAUGUUAGUCCUCCUCCUGCUAGCUCAAGUUCUGAAUGCUCACUUAUUCGUAUGGGAUUUCCUCAGCACACCAUUGCUUCUUUAUCUGACCAGGAUGCAAAACCCUCUUUCAGCAUGGCGCAUUUGGAUGGCAAUACUGAGCCAGGGCUUACAUUAGGAGGCUAUUUCUGCCCACAGUGUCGGGCAAAGUACUGUGAGCUACCUGUUGAAUGUAAAAUCUGUGGUCUUACUUUGGUGUCUGCUCCCCAUUUGGCACGGUCUUACCAUCAUUUGUUUCCUUUGGAUGCUUUUCAAGAAAUUCCCCUAGAAGAAUAUAAUGGAGAAAGAUUUUGUUAUGGAUGUCAGGGGGAAUUGAAAGACCAACAUGUUUAUGUUUGUGCUGUGUGCCAAAAUGUUUUCUGUGUAGACUGUGAUGUUUUUGUUCAUGAUUCUCUACACUGUUGCCCUGGCUGUAUUCAUAAGAUUCCAGCUCCUUCAGGUGUUUGAUUCCAGCCUGUAGUAUACAUUGUAUGUGUUAAAAAGAAAUUUGCAACUGUGAAUAAAAGGACUUCUUUAGAAGAAGCUUCAUUUAAAACAUGAAAGGAUAAUCUGACUUAAGAAACUUUUUGCUAAGAAAAGGUAAUAUUUUAUUAAAUUUUAAAUUUGUAUUGUCACAGAAAUACCUGAAAUUCAGUAGUACUUCAUUCAAUUAAUUUUGUUUUCUAUUAUUUUGAGUUAUACUGUUUUCACAGUCAUUAUGCAGUAUGUAUAAACUUAUAAUAAUUAAAUUGAUGUGAUAAUUUUAUGUUGUUAUAAUUAAAUACAGAAUCUUUAUGA